CUCCAGUCUCUGUCCUCCUAGACUGCUGAGCAGGAGGAGGGACGGUGCAGGAGAGAAGGGGCGAGGGUCCCCUCCCCGAGCGCCUCGCCUGGGGUUUUGUGCAUCUGCCUCUUUCUCCGUUCGACACCUGACCAUGGGGCUCCCGUCCAGCUCUGGCUUCUACGUGAGCCGCAACUUGGCCCUUCUGCUGGCCGCCCUGGCCGUCGCGCUGCUCCUGGCGCUCCUUGUCCUCGCCUCCCUCUAUGGUCACUGCCCGAGCACCCGGCCCGCAGAGCCCUGCAGCCGCGGGGAACCGGACGCCGCUCCCUCGCCUUCCCGGGGUUCAGAAGAGCCCGAACCAACCCCGAGGUCUGGCCCAGUCCCGGAGCCCGGGGCAACGUACCCCUCUCACGACCGUCGGCCCUCUGGGCCCUGGGACCAGCUGCGCCUGCCACCCUGGAUCGAGCCUCUGCACUACGACCUGGAGCUGUGGCCGCGGCUGCGGCCAGGCGAGCUCCCAGAGUUCUGGCUGCACUUCACCGGCCGCGUGAACAUCACGGUGCGCUGCGUGGCGGCCACCGCGCGGCUGCUGCUGCACAGCCUCUUCCUGAAACAUGAGCGCCCCGGGGUGCGCGGUCCCCUGUCUCCCGGCGCUCCGGGCGAGGUAGCGGGCAGCGUGCCUGUGCACGACGUGUGGUUCGCGGAGGACACGCAGUACAUGGUAGUGGAGCUCGGGGAGGCGCUGCGGCCCGGGGCCCUCUAUGAGCUGCAGCUCACCUUCUCGGGUCCGGUGCUCCAGGAGGCCAGGGAGGGCCUCUUCCUUAACGUGUACUUGGACCAGGGAGAGCGCAGAGCUCUGAUAGCAUCUCACAUGGAACCAACAUUUGCCAGGAAUGUUUUCCCUUGUUUUGAUGAGCCAGCUCUUAAGGCAACUUUUAAUAUUACAAUUAUUCAUCAUCCAAGUUUUGUGGCCCUUUCCAACAUGCCACAGCUAGGUCAAGAAGAAAGAGAUGUAAAUGGAAGUAAAUGGACUGUUACUACCUUCUGUACCACACCCUACAUGCCAACGUACUUAGUUGCACUUGCCAUAUGUGACUAUGACCAAGUCAAUAGGACAGAAAGAGGCAAGGAGAUACGCAUCUGGGCCCGGAAAGAUGCUAUUGCAAAUGGCAAUGCAGAUUUUGCUUUGAACAUCACAGGACCCAUCUUCUCAUUUCUAGAGGAUUUGUUUAACAUCAGCUAUCCUCUUCCAAAAACAGACAUAAUCGCUUUGCCUGCUUUUGACAACCGUGCCAUGGAAAACUGGGGACUUCUUGUAUUUGAUGAAUCAUUGCUGUUGCUGCAGCCAAGCGACCACCUGACUGAUAAAAAGACUCUGAUCUCCUACAUUGUCUCCCAUGAGAUUGGACACCAGUGGUUUGGAAACUUGGUUACCAUGAAUUGGUGGAACAAUAUCUGGCUCAAUGAGGGUUUUGCAUCUUAUUUUGAGUUUGGAGUCAUUAACUACUUCAAUCCUAAACUCCCAAGACAUGAGGUCUUUUUUUCCAAUGUUUUACAUGGUGUCCUUAGUGAAGAUCAUGCCCUGAUAUCUAGAGCUGUAUCCAUGAAGGUGGAGAAUUUCACAGAAACAAGUGAAAUCAAUGAACUCUUUGACGUAUUUACUUACAACAAGGGAGCGUCUAUAGCACGGAUGCUUUUCAGUUUCCUGAAUGAGGACCUGUUUAUCAGUGCUCUUAAGUCUUAUUUGGAGGCAUUUUCUUACUCAAAUGCUGAGCAAGAUGAUCUAUGGAGGCAUUUUCAAAUGGCUAUCGAUGACCAGAGUAAAAUUCUUUUGCCAGCAACAAUAAAAAGUAUAAUGGACAGUUGGACACACCAGGGAGGCUUUCCAGUCAUCACUUUGAAUGUGUCCACUGGUGUCAUGAAACAGGAGCCAUUCUAUCUAGGAAAAGUUGAAAACCAGACUCUUCUCACUCACAAUGGCACAUGGAUCGUCCCUAUUCUUUGGAUGAAAAAUGGAACUGUACAACCUUUAGUCUGGCUAAAUAAAAGCAGUAAAGUAUUCCCUGAAAUGCAAGUUUCAGAUUCUGAUCAUGACUGGGUAAUAUUAAAUUUGAAUAUGACUGGAUAUUAUAGAGUUAAUUAUGAUAAAUUAGGUUGGAAGAAAUUAAAUCAACAGCUUGAAAGGGAUCCUAAGGCCAUUCCUGUUAUCCACAGACUACAGCUGAUUGAUGAUGCCUUUGCCUUAUCUAGAAACAAUUAUAUUGACAUUGAAACAGCACUUGAUUUAACCAAAUACCUUGCUGAAGAAGAUGAAAUAAUAGUAUGGCAUGAAGUCUUGGCAAACUUGCUAACCAGGGAUCUUUAUUCUGAUGUGAAAAACUAUGAUAUCUAUCCAUUAUUAAAGAAGUAUCUAUUAAAGAGACUAAACUCAGUAUGGAACGUUUAUGCAAGUAUAAUUCGUGAAAAUGUGGGAGCACUUCAAGAUGACUACCUAGCUCUAAUAUCACUGGAAAGACUUUUUGCAACUGCGUGUGGGUUUGAUCUUGAAGACUGUUUUCAGCUGUCAAGAGAACUCUUCAGAAAAUGGAUGAACCAUCCAGAGAAUGAAAUACCUUAUCCAAUUAAGAAUGUAGUUUUGUGUUAUGGCAUUGCCUUGGGAAGUGAUAAAGAAUGGGACUUUCUGUUAAACAUCUACACUGAUACAGCAGAAGAAGAGGAAAAAAUUAAACUUGCUUAUGCAUUGAGUUGCAGUAGAGACCCGUGGAUACUUAGCAGAUACAUGGACUAUGCCAUCACUGGAUCUCCGUUCACUUUUAAUGAAACAAACGUAAUAGAAGCUGUUGCAGCAUCUGAAGUUGGCCGGUAUAUUGCAAAGGAAUUUUUAGUCAACAACUGGCAAGCUGUGAAGAAAAGAAUUGUAUUGCUUUAUAGGUAUGGAACACAAUCCUUGGUUACUCUAACCUAUAUAAUAGGGAGAACCAUAAGUACAGACCCAGAGGUCAUGGAGCUGCAGCAAUGGUUCAGUCACAUGCUGGAGGAGCGCCAGAGGAUUUCAGUUCAUGCCAAAUUGCAGAAAAUAAAGAAUCAAAAUAUCAAAAACAAAAAGCAAAGCGCCAGGAUAAUCGAGUGGCUCCGGAAGAACAUAUAGUUUGUGGCUCCAUCCAGCACACCUCCUGCAUAUUGUGUUCCGUUUGCCCACAGUUUGUCUCGCAGGUCUUUGUGAGUCUUGAGAACCGCAUGCUUUAUUUGCAUUUCAGUCACACGCCGUACUCUGAGUCAUGUUCUUCCUAUGCCGUCAUGUUUGGCCCUGAGGCUGAGUGAUUGAUGAGGACUUAGUCAAAGCUGUUGAAUUUCUGAGGAAAAUUACAGGUCACAUUGGACAAUAAACCCACAGAAUUUACUUUAAGUGCCUUGUAAAAACAAAUUUCCCUAAGAAAGUCUUGCUAAUUCUGUUGCAAAAACCGCAGAGUAUUAAAUCGUUGCCAUUAGCGAAGAGCACAUUCUCUUCUGAGGAAAAUACGUGCUUGCAAUACUCUAGGGUUUAUUUAGUUCAAUGUUGAAAGAAUAAUGAAACAACAUGACAGUGUGAAGAAACAGAAACCAGAAAAAUAAUGUUCACUAGAAGAUACAAAAGCCAAAGAAGAGCAAGUUUUAAAGAUAAAAAGCGAACUAUUUUAUCAGAGGUAUAAAAUGCCUUGAAGAUAAGAAAUGCGCGUGUCUCUCUCCUGCAGAAGUGACCGCAUUGAAAUGUAUUGUGCUGGAACUGAAUUUUAUGAAAUUAUAAAAUGAUAGCAUCUCGCCGCGGAGCUGAAGGCUCUGUCCUGCAGCGCUCGCUUGUUCACAUGGGGGAUGGGCUCUCUUUCCAGCCGAGCUUAGAAAGACAGCAGUAAUUAGGAGCUAACCUUUAGGACAAAGAGAAAUCUUCAAAUGAAGAGGGAAACACAAAUCAAAGGCUAACAAAAGUAUAAUCCUUAAAGCUGUACACUCAGGGGAUUAAGUUUGAAAUGUAGUUUCAUUUGGUCAAAUUGAAUCUACUUGCACUGUGAAACAGUUCAACUUAAAUAAUUUCAUCAAUUGAAAUGUAUGGAAUUAGUUAAAUUUUAUCAUAUUUGAUUAAAAUAGGACAACUGAGGCAAAUCAUUCCUGCUUUAAAUUUUGUGUAUACAAUUAAAU